AUGUCCAGGAUAACAGAGUGGCGUAAGCUACCGGUCUCAUUGAACGAACUCUGUAUCGCAACCACCCUUUGCUGUGGCCAGUCAUUCCGCUGGCGGCAAUCCGACGACCAGACGUGGACGUGUACACUUCGCGGCCGCAUUGUACAACUGACGCAGGACAAGUCGCAUCUGCGUUAUCGAUCAAUAUGGCCGAGCGCCUGCGAGGCUCCUCCCACCCCUCCCUCGUCUAUCCCACCUACAGUCGACGAAGACAGUGAAACCGACGACACGAAAAGCCUGAUCAUGCAUUAUCUCAAUCUCGAGCCGGAUCUUGAGACGCUUUAUGCGCAAUGGUCCGCCUCAGACCCAAACUUCAAGAAAAAAGCGCCCAAGUUCACGGGCGUCAGGAUUUUGCGGCAGGAUGCCUGGGAGGCGCUGAUCGGCUUUAUCUGCAGCAGCAACAACAACAUCGUGCGCAUCUCGCAGAUGGUGGACAAAUUGUGCACACAUUACGGGAGAUAUAUCGCGACGCUGGACGGUCGACCAUACCACGAUUUUCCAGAACCGGACGCGCUCACCGGCAAAGACGUCGAGGCGCACUUGAGAGAACUGGGCUUCGGAUAUCGAGCGAAAUAUAUCUCUCGGACGGCCAAGAUGGUGGCCGAAGAGCGCGAACAUGGCUGGCUCGACGGACUGCGCAAUCCGGAAAGCCCCGCCUACGGCCGCACCGUGUCACCUGGUGGUCAGAUGAAGCCUGAAGGUCGGGACGGCUACCGCGAAGCUCACGAGAAACUGCUGGAUCUACAGGGCGUGGGGCCCAAGGUCGCGGACUGCGUUUGCUUGAUGGGGUUGGGCUGGGGUGAGGCUGUCCCGGUAGAUACACAUGUGUGGCAAAUAGCCCAGCGCGACUACAAGUUUGGCCGAGGCAAGCAUAGCAGCCUGACCAAAGCAACCUACGAUGCUGUAGCCAACCACUUUCGGAAGCUAUGGGGGAAAGAGGCUGGUUGGGCGCACAGUGUUCUUUUCACCGCCGACCUGAGAGCCUUUGCGGAGCGCUUGACGACGAAAGCCGAGGUCAGCAUCAAAGGAGAUACUCGCCCGUCAGCCGAGCCUGAAGUCCGCCAACAGCAGACUGUACGGCGGGUUGCCGUGAAGCGAGAGCUCGAACAGGAUGAACGGAAUGUAGUGGUGAAGGUUGAAGAAUUGGUCAUGAAUAGCAGUGAGCGGGUAAAACGGCAACGACGCAAAUGA